GGCGGGAUCCCAUAGUGGGAAGGAAGAAGGAAAAAGAGAUGCCCUCUAUCAUGUUCUGUUGGCUGGAGAAUAAUGCCUGAAGGCUUUCCCAACCUCUGCUUCAGUGCAUGAUGGAUGAAGUCCCACCCACCCUCUGCUCUUUCUCCUCCCCUUUACUUAUUUGCCUUUGGUGUAUUUACAAUCUUGCUAUAUUAAGUUACAGCAUUCCUUCUCCUUACUCCAUUCCUCGCCUUUUCUCUGUGAAGCUUCCAGCACCCAAUUGUGAUGACUCUGAGUAUUUUACUGCUCUUUAGAAGGAAACUCUGGGGUGAUGCAAGGUUCUUGUGGUAAAUAUAAACUCUAAGGAUUGCCUUUAUGUUGUCUUGCUCUAUUUGAUGUACAGUCCUCUUUAACUGAAGAACAUAAUGUGCAUGCUCCUCAGCAGAACAUUGCAAUUUUAACACUUUUUGGAGACUGCUGUGGCUCUAGAGCUGUGACUCUACUUUCACAUUCUUUUUUUUUUUCCCCUUUGUUUAACCAAAUCUUUAAUGUCUACCAAAAAAAAAGUGAAGUGUGAUUGGUGCAGAUCACCACUGUGGGUUUUUAUGGCUGGGUUCUUUUAGUCAUUUCCUGCGAGCUCGGUGCAGAGCUGCGACAAUGCAGGAAGCAGCAGCAGGCAUAGUGAGGCUGAGUGCGGCAUUGGAGAGCGGCUUGCUGUAGGUGUGGGCUUGUCCUCCUUGCUGAGAUGUAGGAAUUGCUGGGAUUGAUGCUCAGGCUCUUCAGGAAGAACCUCUGCUGUCCUUUGGUCGCGGCAGCGAAGAUGAUUUGGGCAUGAAAAUGCUGAGCCAGGAACUACAGCUAUGUGACUUCUGAGUGAUGAGAGAUGUAAGUUGAAAUCUGGAAUUCAAGAGCUGGAAGAUGAGUGCUUUUAAAAAGUAUUACAGUCUCUCUCCCAGGGCCUUUAGGAGGUCUUUAUCAGAACAAGAUGCUGGCACUGCUGCCUUGAAGGACUAUCAUUGGCACCACCGAAUGAGAAGCAAGAAAAUGAGCAAACAAAUGGUUUUGGACCCAGAGAAAGCGCUCGGAGCCUACAGGUGGCAAACUCAUCCUCGUCUUCCCUGGAGGAUAAGCAAAAGAGCGCGCUCUUGCAGCCUUAGAGGGGAAGGUAACGAUUCGAGUCUUGUCAAAAGUUCUACGAGCAUGGAUGCUACCAGCACCGAAGAUCUCCAACAAGAUUCAACAGAGAUGCUUUUCCAGGCAAGGACCAGAUCGCCGCGGGUUCCCUUCAACCGCUCUCUGUCUGAACCCGUGCCGCAGUCUGCAAGCAGGAAUGCCAAGCCCUUUCUGCAGGCAGUGCGCUCUGUGGAUUGUGAGCAGCAUGGCUAUUUUGUCCGUGGCAUCUUCUCAACUCUCUCAAGUGGCUUUUCAAAGAUAAUAAAUCGAAGAGGGGAGCAGUCCCCCAGUGAGCUACUGGAGUGGAAAACAGACGAUAGUCAAAUUGACACGUGCACAGGCUUACUUUUGCCACUGGGAGCAGUCUCAUUGGUUUAAAAUGCAAAACAAGCAGCCACAGAGAAGCAGUGAUGAAGAAGGACUAUCUCCCUCAGCUUCCCAGGGUUUGUUCAAAGUUGCUACCUACAAUUCAUUGCUUUGUAUUCCUCCAAGACCUCGGGUAGAAUUUGGCUUGGCAGUACUUGUUAAAUUGAGCGAAAUACGUGGGGAAAAAAAUGAAGAGACAGCUACUUUGCUUCUGAACACAUCUUGUUAAGUGUUUGGUUUGUCUCCUGCUGUUGUUGAGACCUCCUCAGAAGCUGUUAUUACUGCAGGCUGGUCUGUUGCUUUGGACAUUUGGUUUGGUCACCCUGUGUAUGUCAGCAAGCUAUUUUGGGAAGGUGUUCUAUAUGACACAAGCAUUUUGGAUUAAACACUUGCAAUCUUUAAAGGGCAGAGCAUGCUGUAGUUCCCUUUUCACACUGUUCUGGCACUCUUUUGGAACGAAAGGUUCUCUAAUAAUUCCUAAAUGCUGUUGGUCAGAUAGAUGUUGGGGUGCUCGUGGAGAGUAAAGGGCAGAAGAAAGUUAUCUGUGAGAAGUCACCACACUGUAAAUAUGUUGGUCGUGAGAUGAGGACGGAGCCUUUUGGCUUCUGGACCCGGAAUCCUCUGAGCUAACCCAAAGUGGUUUUACAGAGGGACUCUCAGCUCAGGAACUGAGAAACAACAAUGGGACUCGAGAUUAAAAGAGUGUCUCAGGGGAGGAAGUCAUAACCAGGAAGGUGCUUGGGGAAACAAGGUUGUGCCGUCGUCACCUGCGGAGCUGCCUGAAACAGGCCCUGCUCCGGGAGGGUUAGCUUCUGCUCUUCAAGCAAACAGCAGCUGAGGUUUAAGAGAACUCGUUCACCCCAUUAGACAUGCUGCUGUGUGGGUUAUGUAGUCAUGGGACAGCUAAUCUCCUGUCAUGGGAUGUAUUCUUCCUGAAGGAAGCCCGAGUUAGUUGGGCCUGUGGGCUCAACCCAUUGCUGUGUUCUUCACCUGCAGCCUGGGCGCUCAGAAGUGCUGAGCUCUUCUACCAAAUACCUCACAGGCCGAGUUCUGUGGGGCAGAUUGUCCACAAGAGGUGGUGGUGCAUGGGUGGCUGAAAGCAUCUUCUCAUGCCUGCAGUCCUGUGUACUGCCAAAGGAAAAAUGCGAGAAAAAUGAUGGCCUUCCUGUGCAAGAGGCAGAAUUUCAGAGUCCUUGGGCUGACAAAACCUGUGGUCUGCCCAGACUUGUGACUUGCCAACAGAUGGUGUGAGACAUGGGGCUUCUCCAAAGUAUUCAAACAGCUUAGCUUGGAAGAGCUUGGUCAAAGGUCUCCCAGGAAACACCUGUUUGGACAGAAUUUUCCCCCCUUCACAUGCUGUUGAAUGCCCAGUCCAAGAGGCGCGCUUUGGAGUUGAACCAGAAGAACCUGGAGGUGUGCUUUCUUUUGCCAGUCCAAGGAGCCAAACCUUUCAGUUACUUCAU